AUGGCAGAAACAAUACCCUUCAAAAACCUCCACAGUAGGGAAUAUCAGGGCCACAAGAAGAAGGUACAUUCAGUCGCUUGGAAUUGCAUUGGCACAAAGCUCGCAUCGGGCUCUGUGGAUCAAACAGCUCGGGUAUGGCAUAUCGAGCCCCAUGGCCACAGCAAGGUUAAGGAUCUUGAACUAAAGGGGCAUACAGAUAGUGUAGAUCAGUUAUGUUGGGAUCCUAAACACGCCGACUUGAUUGCCACUGCUUCAGGCGACAAGACUGUUCGUCUAUGGGAUGUCCGCAGUGGAAAAUGUUCACAGCAAGCAGAACUCAGUGGGGAGAACAUUAACAUUACCUAUAAACCAGAUGGGACUCAUGUAGCAGUUGGGAACCGGGAUGAUGAACUGACAAUACUGGAUGUUCGAAAAUUCAAACCCAUCCAUAAACGCAAAUUCAACUAUGAGGUAAAUGAGAUUGCAUGGAACAUGAGUGGGGACAUGUUCUUCUUGACUACUGGAAAUGGUACUGUUGAAGUACUGGGAUACCCAUCGCUUCAAGCGGUUGACACCUUGACAGCUCAUACUGCUGGUUGUUAUUGCAUUGCUAUUGACCCCUUGGGAAGAUAUUUUGCUGUUGGAAGUGCGGAUUCGUUGGUGAGUCUGUGGGAUAUCUCGGAAAUGCUUUGUGUGCGGACAUUCACAAAGCUCGAAUGGCCAGUGCGGACGAUAAGCUUCAACCACACGGGGGAAUAUAUCGCUUCCGCUAGUGAAGACUUGUUCAUUGACAUAUCGAAUGUAGAAAGUGGGAGGUCAGUUCACCAAAUCCCGUGUCGGGCAGCAAUGAACAGCGUGGAGUGGAAUCCAAAAUACAAUUUGCUCGCGUAUGCUGGUGAUGACAAAAACAAGUAUCAGGCGGAUGAAGGUGUUUUUCGGAUAUUUGGCUUUGAGAGCGCAUAACUUAACUAAUUCCCUCGAAUCUAGGGUGUAGUUGGAUCUCCUCAUCUUCUCUUUUUCAAUAUUAAUAGGAAAGAAUGAAUGAAUGUUUCCAACCUCAUAUCACAUCUGUUUAAAAACGGAUAUUGUAAGUUGAUUUUGGUGGAUCAUCAUCAAUCAGGUCCUUUGGUCAAAUUUUUAUUUUUUUGGUUGCUUGUUAAAUGGCUAUUGUAGUAGCAAUUUUAUUUCUAUCUUAAGAUAAUUUCAUAUAUUAUUCCCUAAAGCAAAAUAUCAUAUUCGAUUAUUUGUCGUUUUGC